AUGAAGACCGCCGCCAUCACCACCGUCCUCUUCGCCGCCCUCGCGGCCGCCUCCCCCGUCGAGAUCCGCCAGGCCUCGGGCUGCAAGGCCUUUACCGUCCUCUUCGCCCGCGGCACCACUGAGAUGGGCACCCUGGGCAGCGUCGUCGGCCCAGGUCUCCAAAAGGCCGUCGCCUCCUCCGUCCCCGAUUCCGUUUUCGAGGGCACGACCUACCCGGCCGACAUGGGCGGCAUCAUGUCCGAGAGCACCGGCUCCGGUCCGGGCAGCAUCGCCAUGGCUAACCAGGCCAACUCGUGGCUGACCAAGUGCCCCCAGACCAAGAUCGUCCUCACCGGCUACAGCCAGGGCGGCAUGGUCGUCCAUAACGCCGCCAAGAAGCUCUCGGGCAAGGCCAUCGCCGCGGCCGUCACUUUCGGUGACCCAUUCAAGGCCCAGGCCGUCACCGGCGUGGCCACCGGCAAGUUCAAGAGCUUCUGCGCUGGUGGAGACACUGUAUGCUCUUUUGGUGGGUGUGCUAGCUCUGGAGGCUGCACUAGCGCCAGCGCCGCUGGCCAUCUUGGAUACGGGUCCGACGUCAACACCGCAGGCGCUUUCCUCAAGACCGCUACUGCCUCCUAG